GAGAGUUCAAUUUCCGCAUGACGAAAGGGUCAGAAAUUAUAACCAGUCAUUGCAUUGCGAUAUAUACUCGUAUUUUCUGUCUCACUAAGAUAAGUACCGGUGAUCAAUUCAUUGUAGACUUCUUAAACUCCUGCUUAUUUUACAAACCAACCAAUUUUGCAGCAUGAUCAAGAAUACUGUAGCUUUAGUAACUGGAGGAGCCUCUGGACUUGGUAGAGGAACUGUUGAGAGAUUUGUCAAACAUGGCGCAAAAGUCAUUAUUGGAGAUCUUCCGACAUCAAAAGGAGCAGAUGUUGCCAAUGAGCUUGGAGAUAAUGCAAUAUUUGCACCCAUGAACGUUACUUCAGAUGAGGACAUCCAAGAAGCUCUCAAGCUUGCUAAGGACAAGUUUGGACGUCUGGAUGUCCUCGUAAAUGCUGCUGGCAUAGCUGUGGCCUACAAGACUUAUAAUUCAUUAAAAAAAACUUGUCACACUCUUGAAGACUUUGAAAAAGUGAUUAAAGUAAACACAAUUGGUACUUUCAAUGCAAUCAGAUUGUCAGUCGCCAUGAUGUGUGACAAUCAACCAAACAAGGAUGGACAACGUGGUGUCAUCAUCAACACUGCUAGUGUUGCAGCUUACGAUGGUCAGAUUGGACAAGCUGCUUACUCUGCUAGCAAAGGUGCCAUCGUGGGAAUGACCCUUCCCAUUGCUCGUGAUUUAUCUCGUGAUGGUAUUCGAGUAGUAACAAUCGCCCCAGGUCUUUUUAACACUCCUCUCCUGGCAGGUCUACCCGAAAAAGUCCGUAUUUUUCUGGCAAAGAGUAUCCCAUUCCCACAACGUCUGGGUGAACCCGACGAAUAUGCUGCUCUCGCACAACAUAUCGUUGAAAAUCCUAUGAUCAACGGUGAGACUAUUCGUAUUGACGGUGCCCUUCGCAUGCAGCCUUGAAUUAAAAAUUUUCUCUGAGAUUUGUACUAGCACGACUAUGGAAUUUUUUACUGUUGUAAUCUACAUUUAUACCAUUGUUUAUGUAAUUGUUUGUAUAUAACAUUUAAGAUUGUUUUUCUUAAGAUUUUGCCUCCUCUUUUGAUAUGGUAGACCUUUUUAAGAUAUGAUAAUGUACCUAGUGCAAUGUUGAUUGAAUAAAUAAAUAUUUUUUU